GAGUGCACUAAAAUGAAGGAUCCAGUGUACGUCGUAGCCAUAGAUUUUGGUACUAGUUAUUCUGGAUGUCUUUUUUCUACUUCUUAUCCUGCUACUAAACCUACAGAGGUUAAGAUUUUAUCCACUUUGAAAUGGAAUGCUGGCACUGUCAAUGUUACAUCAGAAAAAACACCAACAUGCUUGUUAUUGACGACGACAAAAGAAAUAGUAGCCUUUGGAUAUGAAGCUGAAAAUAAGUAUGCAGAAAUAGUAAUGGACGGGAUGCAAGAUAAUUACUAUUUUUUUCAUAGAUUCAAAAUGAGCCUCCACAAUAACAAGAAAAUUUCUAUGACAAUGCUGUUAAAGGACAUAAGAGGAAGAACUCUCCCAGCUGUAGAGGUUUUCUCACUUUCUAUUCAAGCGCUAAAGAAACAUUUGACAAAAACGGUAGAAGUUAGAGGCGUGUACUUAGAUGACCGAAAAACUAAGUGGGUAUUGACGGUUCCAGCAAUAUGGACAGAAACAGCAAAAUGUUUUAUGAGAAAAAGUGCUGAAAUGGCAGGUAUUCCAUCUGAUAUGUUAUCUAUAGCUUUGGAACCAGAAGCUGCGUCAAUAUACUACCAGACAUUUCCACCUGUUGGUUGUAAAAGUAUUGUAAAAGAUGGGGCAAAAUAUCUGAUUGUUGAUAUUGGAGGAGGAACGACUGAUAUAACUGUCCACGAAAAGCUUUCAAAUGGGACAUUAAAAGAACUUGUUAAAGCGACUGGAGACGAUUGCGGUGGAACCUCAGUUGAUAAUCAGUAUAUUCAAAUGAUUAUAAAGAUUUUUGGUCGACCAUUUCUCAACGAAUUUAAAGACCGGUUUCCUGAUUCGUAUUUGAGCUUAAUAAGAGGUUUCGAAGCAACAAAAAGAACAAUUGAAACGUCUCGAGAAUCCAAGUAUGAAAAUGUUGCUAUUCCGUUUGCCGAUUUAGAUAAACUAUGUAGAGCAGAGUUGAAUGAAGAUAUUCGAACCAUUUUAACAAACUCCUCUCAAGCUGAUAGGUUGACGUUGUAUGGCGAUAAGAUAAGAAUCAGAACUGAAUACGCCAAGUCUUUUUUCAAACCAACUAAUGACCAGAUUGUCUCUUUGAUUCAAGAACUUCUAUUGGAAAAAGAAGUAUUACAUAUUGAAUAUAUAUUGCUUGUUGGUGGUUUUGCUUCAUGCGAGCUAGUCCAAGCUGCUAUCAAAUCUCAUUUCCCUGGAAAAACAGUAAUUGUACCAGAAGAUGGGAGUACAGCGGUUUUGAAAGGAGCUGUACUGUCUGGAUUCAAUGUAGACCACGAUUAUAUUUCGUCACGUGUAAUGAGAUAUACAUAUGGGAUGGAAAUAACUCCCAGUUUUGACAGCAAUAAACAUGAUUUAAAGAAAAAAAUAUAUAUUGACGGAAAACCCUAUUGUGAUAAGGUGUUUAGUCCUUUUGUGAUGUCAAAUACAUCUGUCAAUGUUGGUAAAGAAAUAUGUAAAAGAUACACCACGACUCAACAAUUUCAAAACAGUCAUAAUCUGCCUAUAUUUUUUACUGAAAAGGAAGGUGUGAAUUAUACAGAUGACGAAACAUGCUCAAAGCUUGGAACCGUAUACGUCGAAAUUAUGACCCCAACCGUACAUCUACGACAUGUAGAUGUAAAGUUUCAUUUUGGCGGAACAGAAUUAAACGUCACAGCCGAGGACGAAAUAUCUGGAAAGCAGUGCCAGACGUCGUUUGAAAUUCAGGAUUUUCUUUUGACCAAAAAAUAGUGAAUGUUUGUGCGUAUUAAAAAGAAGGAAUUUGUGUCUCUUCCUGUGUCGGUUAGCACAUAUUAUUGUAGCUGUUGUUUUUUUUUUUAUUUUAUUGUAAAAUAUAAUCCAGCUAUAAGAUUGACAUUUAUAAUAUUAUGCAAAAUUCUUAGAUCAUUUCCCUGUGCACAGAGUCAUAGAUUAUCUUAACUCUUUAUAUCACCUCGUCAGUAACUGUUUAAUUUCGUAUUCUAAUGUCUAUCGUUAUUUUGGGAAUUGGGUUUA